CAUUGGGGGUCAGGUGGGCAGAGGAUGCCCGAAAUCCUCUCCUAAGACAGGAAAACCCUCUAACAGUCUCCAGUGUUCUCCAGUGCUGAAGGCAGUUGGCAAAACUGUUGAGAAAGUAGGCACUCUUCUUGGACCUACUUCCAUUUUUUCCUUACACUUGGCUUUUUAGUAGAGGGGCCCAAGCAGGGAAAAGUAGAAUGGGGGCUGGAGCGAGCAGUGAGGAGAAACACUCCAGGGAGCUGGAGAAGAAGCUGAAGGAGGAUGCCGACAUGGAUGCGAGAACUGUCAAGCUGCUACUGCUAGGUGCUGGAGAAUCAGGCAAAAGCACUAUCGUCAAACAGAUGAAAAUUAUCCACAAAGACGGUUACUCGCUUGAAGAAUGCUUGGAGUUCAUUGUCAUCAUCUACAGCAACACCCUGCAGUCCAUGAUGGCCAUUGUGAAGGCCAUGAACACACUUAAUAUUAACUUUGGCCACUCUGAUCAGCAGGACGAUGCCAGGAAGCUCAUGCAUCUUGCAGACACCAUUGAGGAAGGCUCCAUGCCCAAAGAGUUAGCGGACAUUAUUCUGCGCCUGUGGAAGGACUCUGGCAUACAGGCGUGCUUUGACAGAGCCUCAGAGUAUCAGCUCAAUGACUCUGCUGGAUACUACCUGAAUGAUUUGGAGCGCCUGGUCCAACCAGGCUUCGUGCCCACUGAGCAGGAUGUGCUGCGAUCAAGAGUGAAGACCACUGGUAUCAUCGAGACCACGUUUUCCCUAAAAGAUCUGAAUUUCAGAAUGUUUGAUGUGGGGGGCCAGAGAUCAGAGAGGAAGAAGUGGAUCCACUGUUUUGAGGGGGUGACCUGUAUCAUCUUCAUUGCUGCUUUAAGCGCCUACGAUAUGGUGCUGGUGGAGGAUGAUGAAGUGAAUCGAAUGCACGAGAGUCUGCAUUUGUUCAACAGUAUCUGCAACCACCGCUAUUUUGCCGCAACCUCCAUUGUACUCUUCCUCAACAAGAAAGACGUGUUCACUGAGAAGAUCAAGAAAGCUCAUCUCAGCAUGUGCUUCCCUGAAUACGAUGGCCCCAAUACUUAUGAGGAUGCUGGUAACUACAUCAAACUGCAGUUUUUGGACCUGAACUUGCGGCGAGACAUAAAAGAAGUCUACUCUCACAUGACCUGUGCCACAGACACAGAGAACGUCAAGUUUGUGUUCGACGCCGUUACCGACAUCAUCAUCAAAGAAAACCUGAAAGAUUGUGGUCUCUUCUAAAAGCCAGGCUGAGAGAAGGUGAUGUUGGUGUUGGAGCCCUGUCACAUUCCACAAAUCCCCUCUGGAUUCAAACGGAGGACUGAAAAUGAAAACUGUUCUCUAAAACCAUCAAACACACACAAAAUCUAUUUACUGUGUUCAAAACUAAGUUGUAGCUUUGACAAACGACUGAGAUGAGAAGAUAGCUCUUCAGUCAGAAAAUCCUGUGCAUAUUUCAGAUGAGUGGAAUUUUUAUUUUUUAAUUUUGACUUUUCUCCUGAAAUCAAAAGCUUACAAGUUCUGCAUAAAAAUAUGGAUGUGAGAAGCUGUCAGCAAAUGCACCUUUGUUGCAAUACCUGGUCAGAAUACAGACAGAAAGCCCCUCCAGACGCAUAUUUUUCCUAAAAUAGUGGCUUUUAUGUACAGGAACUCUGCGGCACAAUUUAAGACACAAUUCAAACCUUAUUAUUCUUUUUUAAGUUAAGCUUUAGAACAUAUGACAUUGUAAUAGUUGGAAAGGGCUAGUGUACAUAAUUAAACCGUUUUCUAAUGGGAAGUUGAUGAAGUUUGGUGAAACCUUAUGGUUCUGUAACACUGCUAAAUGGAAGCCUAGCCGUCAUACACUUCGAACUUAAAAUCCUUGUCUAAAAGACCAAUGUUUGUAAACUCUAAAAGCUUCACAACGAAACCUAUUAAAGCUUCUGUAGAAAACUGAGUUGUUUUCCAUUUUUCAAAAAUAAAAACCAACACAGAAA